AUGCCUGUAUUUGCCCGCCCCGGCACCGCCGGCAGCCGGAUCCCGCUCCAGAAGAUGUAUCCAGACAACAGCAGCUCUCGCCCCUUCAAGCAAAGGAAAAGCCUCGCUACCAGGAUGCAUGAAGUGACCGAAAUCCGGAUCAAAUAUCCCAACAAGAUCCCGGUGGUUGUGGAACGCUACCAGAAGGAGAAGACCUUGCCCCCCUUGAGCAGGACCAAGUUUCUGGUGUCCCAUGACCUGCCCCUGUCCCAGUUUGUUGUCACCCUGCGGACACGGCUCUGCCUGGCCUCCUCCCAGACCUUCUACCUGCUGGUGAACAACAAAGGGCUGCCAAACAUGGCCAUCACCAUGCAGGAGCUGUACCGUGACAACAAGGAUGAGGAUGGCUUCCUCUACCUGACCUAUGCUUCCCAGGAGAUGUUCGGCUCUACCUGA